AUGCGCUGCUCCACCCUGCUCGCCAUCCUCACGGGGGUGCUGCUGUACUUGGUGCUGGGUGCCAUGGUGUUCCGGGCUUUGGAGGCGCCGCUGGAGGAAGGCAAGCACAAGCGGCUGCAGGGCACGUGUCAGGAAUUCCUGAUGAACUUCACAUGUGUUGGCCCAGAAAACCUGCAAGCGCUCAUAGAGGAGGUGGCAGAGGCCAUCGGUGCAGGUGUGGAUCCUGGCAGUAACGCCACCUAUGUCAGCCAGUGGAAUCUGGCCAGCGCCUUUUUUUUCUCUGGGACGGUCAUCACGACUAUCGGUUUUGGAAACAUCUCCCCCAAGACGGAAGGCGGUCAACUGUUUUGUAUUUUCUACGCCUUGGUUGGAAUUCCGUUCUUUGGUAUCUUGCUUGCUGGAGUUGGAGACCAUCUGGGUACCGGGUUGAGGAAGACAGUUGCCAAAAUAGAGAAGCUCUUCCUGAAAUGGCGUAUCAGUCCAACCGUUGUGCGAGUGAUUUCUGCCAUCUUGUCCAUCCUGCUGGGCUGCCUGCUGUUUGUUGCCGUGCCAAUCCUGGUUUUCCAAAGGGUGGAAGGCUGGACCCUGCUGGAGUCCGCAUACUUUGUCGUCAUCACCCUGACAACAGUGGGGUUUGGAGACUAUGUGGCAGGGGAUUCGGGGCUGCAAGGCAGUGACCACUGGUACAAGCCAUUGGUAUGGUUCUGGAUCUUGGUGGGUCUUGCCUACUUCGCAUCCAUUCUGUCAAUGAUUGGAAAUUGGCUUCGAGUUCUCUCCAAGAAGACCAGAGCAGAGAUGGAGGAACUGCGAGCCCACGCCACUGACUGGACUCAAAACAUCCAGAAUAUGGAUUUUCGGAUCUCCGGAAAAAUUGAUGACCCCUUUAGACGGCGUCGGCGAAGGCGGCGGCGGCGCCGGGAUCGCCGCCACGCCCACGGCGGUUCGGCUCCUGGGGCUCCUGAGGGAGAAGAUCAGAAUGAGAGCGAAACCGAUUCGGAAUCGUACUCCUCUUAUACUUCCUCCAAUGAGUCCGAAUCAGCAUCCGAAUCUGAAACCACUCGGUCUGAGCAGGUGCCUGAAGAAAAGAAGGACCCCCUCUUUUCUCAGCCGCUUGACUAUUUUGGGGAAAACCUAGCAUUCAUUGAUGAGUCAUCUGAUGCCCAAAGCGGUCAUUUACAUUUAGAUACUCAAUUCGACAACAAAAAGCAACCAAAUCCAAAACGCGGCCAAUCGCACAAAAGAAGGCGCCACAGGGGGCCUGCCCCACGGGGGAGCCCCAAAAGUCAUCGAAACCAAAGAGCCGGUCUCGACAGAAAGGACUACAAUGGAACCCCACGACCAGUUCCAAACAUACCGCUGAAGCCUCAACUAUAA